ACAAAGCCUGAUUGUUCCUGGGCCCUUUCCCCACAGCGCCUGGGCCUGCUCCCCAGCCUGGGGCAGGGGCGGGGGCAGUGUGGUGUCACAUGCUGUCUCCCUGGCUGGCUGGCUCGCUCUCUCCUGGGGACACGGAGGUCAGCAGGCAGCACACAGAGGGACUUACGGGCAGCUGUCCCUUCUCCAACUCAAGAACCUCCGGAGGCCCAGGGGCCCAGUGGCCUGCAGCAGGAGCGGCCAUGAAGAAGCUGCUGGUGGUGCUGAGCCUGGUGGCUGCAGCCUCGGCAGAGGAGCAGAAUAAGCUGGUGCAUGGUGGACCCUGUGAAAAGACGCGUCACCCCUACCAAGCCGCCCUCUACACCUCGGGCCACUUGCUCUGCGGUGGCGUCCUUAUCCAUCCACUGUGGGUCCUCACAGCAGCCCACUGCAAAAAACCGAAUCUUCAGGUCUUCCUGGGGAAGCAUAAUCUUCAGCAAAGGGAGAGUUCACAGGAGCAGAGCUCUGUGGUCCGGGCUGUGAUCCACCCUGGCUACGAUGCCUCCACCCAUGACCAGGACAUCAUGCUGCUGCGCCUGGCACACCCGGCCAAGCUCUCUGAACUCAUCCGGCCCCUUCCCCUGGAGAGGGACUGCUCAGCCAACUACACCAGCUGCCACAUCCUGGGCUGGGGCAAGACAGCAGAUGGUGAUUUCCCUGACACCAUCCAGUGCGCAUACAUUCACUUGGUGUCCCGUGAGGAGUGUGAGCGUGCCUACCCCGGCCAGAUCACCCAGAACAUGUUGUGUGCCGGGGAUGAGAAGUACGGGAAGGAUUCCUGCCAGGGCGAUUCUGGAGGUCCACUGGUAUGUGGAGACCGCCUCCGAGGCCUUGUGUCAUGGGGCAAUAUCCCAUGUGGAUCAAAGGAGAAGCCAGGAGUCUACACCAAUGUCUGCAGAUACACCAAUUGGAUCCGAAAAACCAUUCAGGCCAAGUGACCCUGGCAUGUGACAUCCAUCUCCUGACCUAUCUACCACCCCACUGGCUGGUUCCAGAAUGUCUCUCACCAAGACCUUGCUUCCCCUCCCCUCCUGCCCAGCUCUGACCCUGACGCUUAAUAAAGACAGCGACACAAGAGCCCUGAUUCUCCCUGGUUUUGCCCCAGCUCCAUCCUUGCAUCACUGGGGAGGACUUGAUGAGUGAGGACUUGGGCCGAGGUCUUACCCCCACCACUAAGAGGACACAGGAAAAUCCCUUCCUCCUGAUUAUUCCACGUUUGGUUUCUUCCUGCAGAGGCCCCGCCAUGUGUCUGGAAUCCCAGCUAUGCCUCUUAGUAUCUUUGUCUCCUUGGGAUAUACCUUCCUUUACUGUAGAUUUCUCAUCUGUAAAAUGAAGAUAAGGUUGAUACAGUCCCCAUAAGGCAGUGGCUGUUGGGAAGAUUUAAGGUUUCACACCCAUGACAUGCACAGAACAGCGCCUGGCCCACCAUGUGCUCAAUAAAGAGUGAAUUUUAUUAUGA